GUAAUUAUCAGUACUGACGUGUUCUAAACGAAGGCUUGUACGUGCAAAAGUCUGAAGUCACGGUGGUGUAGUUGUUUUUGGAGCAUCAGUGUGUUAACUUUGCGACUGCGUUAUAGUAGAGUUGUAUUUCCACUACAAAAUGGCAUCAGGAAUGAAUCGUUUCUUGCAUUCCUUCAAUUCCAGACUGGAGGAGCCAGUGAGACAACAUUUGAAGAAUGUAUAUGCUAGCCUGACACUGUCUGCAGUAUCUGCUGGUGUGGGAGCAUACGUUCAUAUUUACACCGAGUUGCUUUCCGCCGGCCUGCUAACAUUGCUUGGAUCAGUGGGAUUUCUUAUAGCCCUCUUAUCUACACCUGACAAUGGCAAGAAUACUCGACUGCGAUUGGGGUACCUCCUGGGAAUUUCCUUCUUUACAGGUUUGGGAAUGGGCCCACUUCUUGACACAGUGAUUGAUAUCAAUCCAAGCAUUAUUAUGACGGCAUUGCUUGGCACAGCAGUAAUCUUCAUCUCGUUCAGCUUGUCAGCACUUUUCGCAAAGAGGGGAAGGUGGUUGUAUCUUGGUGGUACACUUAUGACUCUUCUGAGUGCUUUGCUGCUCCUGUCCAUAGGAAAUUUGUUCUUUGGCUCAUACCUGAUAUUCCAGGCCCACCUGUAUCUGGGAUUGCUACUUAUGUGCGGUUUUGUGCUCUAUGAUACUCAGCUUAUCAUCGAGAAACGCAUGCGUGGCGAUAAAGAUUUUAUCGUCCAUUCGUUGGACCUCUUCAUUGAUUUUGUUGGCAUUUUCAAACGUCUUGUCAUCAUCCUUACUCAAAAGGACCAGCAGAAGCGUAAUCGCCGAGACUGAGCCACCUGCUCAAUUUGCUGUUUGGAGCAACAUAAAAUUAUUGUCAAGGAUCCUUGUAUUCAAUAAAGAAUUUGAUACCUACAUGUAAUGUGGACUGUAUACCACUUCCAUAUCAUGCUGCAAUUUAAGAGGGUUCAGGCCAGCGUGUUUAACCUUUAGUUCCUUACCAGUUGGCCUCACCGUUAGAAAUUAAUGAGUGUUCGGUGUGAAGGGAACUUUUGUAUCAUAAUAUAAGAUAGCUAGUAAAGCCUAAUUCAAUGAGGUGUUUCUCACAGUUAUUUAAUUCUUUUACAAAAUUCUUUACUUUGUACAUACAGGUAAGUCAAAAGUAGCUGCAUACCAAUGAAGAACUGUAACCGUGUUACCUGCAGCCAAAAUGUGCUGAUGUCAGCAGAUGUCUGUAGAGCGUGAUCUCAAGUUUCAUUUGUUUGUUGUAGUUCUUCACAUUGCCGCUGAGAGCGCUUAUGAAUUGUGGAAAACAAAAUGGAGACUUAUAGUGACACAGAAAGAGCACCACCUCACUUCCAUACAGAUGUCGGAGCAUGUUCGGAUCUCUACUUCCCAGGUCGGUGGAUUGGGCGAGCAGGUCCAAUCGCUUGGCCACCUCAUUCACUGGAUCUCUCACCAGCAGAUUUUUCCUGUGGGGAUACAUUAAGGAACACAUUUACCACCCACCCUUACCCAACGAUCUUAGAGAAUUAUGGGAGAGGAUUCGUUUGUUCGAACCAGAACACACGUUGUGCUCUUUGAGUGCCACUUUAAGUCUCCAUUUUGUUUUCCACAAUGAAACUUGAGGUUAUGCUCCACAGAUCUGCUGAUAUCAGCGCAUUUUGGCUGCAGGUAACACGGUUACAGUUCUCCAAAGGUGCGCAACUACUUUUGACUUACUCUGUAUAAGAUAAUCUUAAACAUACAUUUGUUUCUUUGUGUUCAGAGGUUAUGUGAUUUGUAUGUGAAAUCUAAAUAUUAAAUAAAGAAUAACCUUUUCA